AUGCGGCCUUCAUUCGUAACUUUCUCGUCUCUAAUACUCAAUUUGUUAUCCCUCGAUUGGGCUGUCGCCGCUUCCAUAGGAGUUAUUGCUCGGACGCCGACUCUGGACAAUGACACCUCUCCGGUCGACCUUCCUAGUUCUGCGGCCUCAACACUCCUUACAACCUUGGCCGAGAAUGAAACAUUGUCUGAUGAGGAUCGAAAUCCAUAUGUCGUCCAUUCCGAUCAGAUCCCCAUGUUCAACGAAACCAAAUACAGUGCCCCUAACAUCAGUGUCCUUGACACAAAUGAAACUUCAUCAAAGGGAAAACGCCAAAAUCCCAAUAACGUUUCUCUACGAAUUAUGCCUCUUGGUGCUUCCAUCACUCAAGGCUUGAACACAGUGGAGCACCCCGAUGCGUCCACUGAUAUCGGUUACCGUUUGCCAUUAAGGCAAUGGCUGAGGAAUAGGGCUUACGAAGUCAAUUACAUUGGAAGCAAGAAGAACGGAAAUUUUGCUGACAACGAGAACGAGGGACAUCCAGGUCUUCAGAUUCACGCAGUCCAUGAAGUCAUGAACCCUGUGUUAACGAACCAGAAGCCCAAUCUUGUGCUUUUGAACGCGGGUACCAAUGACUGCGUGCAGGCCGAUGACUCAACUUUAACGCCAGUGGACACCGGCAUCACUUGGGUCACGAAAAUUCCGGAUCGAAUGAGGAGCAUGCUUAACGACAUCUACGACCAAAGCGAGGGAGUGACUGUUAUCCUUUCGACACUACUUCCUAACUUCACUCCAGGCACUACUGGCGGAUACAUCACGCUUGCCAACUCAGGCAUCCGCGAUCUGUACAAUGAACAGAAGGCGUUAGGUCGUCGCAUCAUACUCGCUGAUAUGGACAUGGAUGGCUAUUGGAAUCAAGCUGCGGAUUACAGUGAUGUUACCCAUCCCAACGACGCCGGGUACAAGAAGAUGGCAGGCAUUUGGGCUGCAGCUUUCCUUGAAUUAGAGCAAGCCUCCUUUCUGGUUGAGCCUGUCGAAACAGGACUCGGUGAUGAUGACUCCUCGGGCGAAUGCAUGCCGAGCAGUGGUAGCUUUGGCUCAGCCGUGACCUCUGUCGACUUCGAUUGGGGUGCAAACGAUGGCGCCUAUUCGCACUCUUCAACGUUGAAGAUGACCGAGACUUGGAGUGUGGGACCCUUUAACGAGUCCCUUCUGAGCUACAACCAGUUCCACUUUGCUCAACUUGUCAGUUUCGAUGACACGGAUCUCCUCGCGCAUGACGAGUUGGUUGUCAUCCUCGAUCCGGAACAAAGAGCCUACAAUUCGAAGAAAAGCUCCAAGACUCUUCCCAAGGCUUAUCUCCAAUAUAAGUACAAUUACGGAAAUGGAGAGCUUGACGAAAAUUGGACCGAGGUCGAUAUUGUCGGCCAAGGAACGCCAGAAUGCCUAAGUCGCGGUGUGCGCUUUGGCGACGUGAAUGGAGAUGGCCUUGACGACUUCAUCUGCGUCAACUCCGAGGGAUCACCGUUUGUAUCUCUAAACCGUGGAGGAAGUCCGCCUGAAUUCGAAUAUAUCGGCCAGAUAUAUAGCGACCGAUUCACUCAAGCGCAAAGUCGACUAGCCGAUAUUGAUGGAGACGGGCGUCUUGACUAUUGUGGUAUGGACGUGAGUGGUGACGCUUGGUGCCAUCGCAAUGGUGGCACGGGCGAUGCUCCGACUGCCAAGUACAAAGGAUAUUGGCAAGGAAUGCUACUGGGUGCAGGUGGGCCGACCUGGGAUAGUCUUCAGACGGACAUUGCAGGCGUUCGCUUCCUAGACAUCAAUGGUGACGGUCGCGCCGAUUACGUCUUUGUCAACGAUGAUGGCUCAACAACCAUUUACAUCAACCAACGCGGUGACCGGGAUGAUGGUCCUGGUCUCAAGCCACACUGGCGCCAGGCUUCAGUCUCCCACAAAGGCUUUCCUGGAGAUGAUACCAUGUCCCGGAACAGGAUCCUCUUUGGAAGGGUCUACGGCUCCGGGCGUCAAGAUUACAUUCAGAUCAUUGAGAGCAAAUCCGGUAAAGAAUACUCGUACAAAUUCUCUGUGUGGGAGAACACUGGCUCUGGUGGCACCAAACUUAACGGCGAUGGCGUUCGUUUUUGCGAUCUCGAUGGAGAUGGCUUAGACGAUCUUGUCAACAUUUGGGGUGGCGGAAUGGUCGACGCACAGAAACGUGUCGAUAAUGGUGAUGGCAGCUUUUCUUGGAAAGACUGGGGCCGUAUUGCUGAACUGGCUAUCGACAGAAAAUUCGUCCAUCUCGCUGAUUGGGAUGGGGACGGACGUUGCGAUUUGCUCACGGUCGACAAGUCCACUGGCAACGUCGUUCUCCACACGAACAAUUAUGCGAUAGGACGAUUCGAGAAUGGCGACGGUACUUACGAAGAUCUCAGCCCUCAUAUUGCUGCAGGCACAUCGGUCGUUGGUGGUGGAUUGUGCCCGCAAGGGUUCUCUCCCGCUGCCAAUAAUCUCGCUGUUCACUUUGGAGACUUGGAUGGUGACGGAAGAGCCGACUAUCUUUGUAUGGAUCCUGAUGGUCGGACCGUUGGCUGGCUGAACCUGAAAAGUGGUCUCUCCGCCCUGAACCAAAUCAAGGUCAGCGUUGGUUUCGACCGCGCUAACCAUCGCUGGGCCGAUGUCGAUGGUGACGGCAAGGUCGACUUCAUCUGGGUUGAUAAACACACGGGCAAUGUCCAGUUCUGGAAAAACAAUGGCUUCAUCCCCUCCAUUGGCAGCUCAAUGAAUUGGGUUGGGUACUCGAGCUCUUGGAUGACUGGCCAAGAACGCGGCGAGAAUAUCUUGUUUCCUUCCAUGGUCAAAGACUCCAAGAGAGCUGAUUACCACGUAGUUCACCCAAGGACAGGCCGUGGCACCACCUACCUCAACAACUGCAGCGGUGACGGCGGCGUUGGCCCAGGCCCAGAUGACGGUGCAGGCCCCGCGGAUCCAGGUCUUUCUAUUCCAAGUUUGCCAGACCCUAACGGCGGAAGCGACAGUGGUGACUCCAGCUGUGUGUACGAUAAACGAAGUCUCGGCCGGCGUGCAACUUGCAUUUCGCCUGAUGCUGCCGUGAUUGCAGCAGCAUCGUCGAAACUCCCAGGCGUUGACUGGGUAACGACAGCCAAAACGUGCAACGAACCCGCCUUUUCGGAUCUUGUGGAUACGCACGCCAAGGCAAUAGAGAUGAUGGAGUUCACUCCUGAUCUCAAACUAGCCUGGGAAACACCAGGGUUCAAUCGCUAUUUCGUCGCAUCUACGCUUUGGCAAGAGACCGCUGCCUGGGAUGCGCAGAGUGGAAAGUAUGCAGCGGUCCUGGACUGGGCGCGAAGGACCCCAGGCGUUCCCAUCACUCCGCAAAAGCAAACGACAUACUACUGCGGAAAUCCAUCAUGGGCGAAACCCGCAGACUAUUGUUCCGCCUACACUGGAGCGAAAACGUUUACACCGACGUACAACCCUGACUGUCAAAAUUGCAAUCAAAUUGCUCUCUGCCAGAAGUAUUUCGACACCAAACGCGUGGAUGAGAUCACCGCAACGAAGCAACGAGUAGAAGACCUUCCCUAUGGGCAACAAUGGGCGUCGCGCGAACACAUGCUGAUUCACGAAUGGUUCCACAAUUACAUGAACGACGCUGUUCCGAGCGCAAGAUGGCAUGUUGAGGACGUUCAGGACACUAUUGACGGACAGAAACUCCCCAUAUAUGGCGCGGGCAGAGCGGCCCAUUACGCGUGGCAAGGAGUUGGGAGCGGGUCUGUCCUUGACGGAACUAUCAUGGAGAAGACGAUGGAAAAUGCUGAUAGCUUUGCUUGGAUGAUCUCAUACAACUGGUACGACGAGGUGUGGGUAUGGGCUGAUGAUGGCCGGUGGAGGGGAACCACGACCAAGCGUGAUAUGGAUGAGGAUAAUCUGGUUGUGCGGAAGGAAGGCUUGUGGGAGAGGUCUGUAAAUAGACUCAAGAGCUGGCUUCUCCAUUAG